AUGAAAAGUACUGUUUUAGAAAUUCUUUCAUCGUUGAAUGACGAUUGUUCAGUUGGACCAGAUGGUGUUCCUCCAAUAUUAUUGAAAAACUGUAGAAACUCGUUAUCUAAGCCCCUUACGUAUUUGUUUGAACUUUCCAUCAAAUCUGGAAAAUUUCCCAUCAUUUGGAAAUCAUCAUUUCUAAUUCCAAUUUUCAAGAAGGGUGAUAAGACAGAUAUAAAGAAUUACAGACCUAUUUCAAAACUAUCGUGUAUUCCGAAGAUUUUUGAACAAGUUGUUUGUGAGAGUGUUGCAUUUUUCAGCAAGAAUCUAGUAUGUGAACAACAGCAUGUACAAUUUGAGCCAAAUGAUUUAUUUCUUCAACGACUUGUUGAGCAUUUACAACAUUUUCGAUUUUGUAAAAUUAUUUUUCUACUCGAGAAUUCUUCGGAACAACAACUGAAAAACGUUUUUAAUUUUUGUUGGAAAAAUCGUAUGGUGAAUGUUAUAGCAGUUUUUCAAGAUUUCGGGAUUUCAUCGACUUACUUCAGCUACAGCAAUUUUGGAAAGUUCCAAAUUGAAGAAUUCACCUGGAACCGAGAGCAAACUGCUGAUAUAUUUCCCAAUCAAAUGCGAGACGUUCAUGGUGAAAUAUUGUCAAUUCUCUUUGGAGGAGCAGAACCAGGAGUAAUAUUAUCAAAAAAUCCUAAAGGUGACACAAUAAUUAGUGGUUAUAUGGGAAACAUAUUCAAUGCAUUUGUAAAGAAGCACAAUGCCAAGUUAAAUACUUCAAAUGUCAAGACUUCACUUUCGCCUUGGGAAGUUCAUGAACUCGUGUUAAAUGGAACAAUUGAGAUAUCAGCUGCAACUGAUCAGUUCUCAGAAAUACAUUGGAAAUUCUUCUUUACACCUGGUUUGAUUUUCAAUAUUGAUUGUUUUCGUGGAAUGAUAGGACAAGGAAUAUUUGAAGCUCCCAAGGCUUCGUACAGUAAGAAAAUUAUCUAUUCGCUAAUAUUUCUACUGGGAAUUUUAAUGGUCACUACAUACGAUGCAUUUCUUCAAUCAUUCAUGACUGAACCACCGAAGGAAAAGAUGAUAAAAUCUUAUGAUGACUUACUUUCAUCAGGUUUAAAAGUCUACAUACUUAGAAGUGAAACAAAAUUUCUAUUUCUUCGCCGAUCCGAAUUUAUGCAAAAAUAUCAAAAUGUUUUUGAAGGAAUAGUUAAUCUUGAUAAUUUUACAAAAAUUCGAGAUACACUCAAUACUAAGCAUGCCUACACAUCAAAUAAUGCCAAAUGGAAGAUUUAUGAAAAUCAACGAAAAUUCUUUGGUUAUCAACUAUUUCGUUGGUCUGAAGAAUUGUGUCUGCUAAAAAGUGCACCAACUUCUAUUUCAAUGAAUGAAAAUUCAAUUUAUCGAAAUGUAUUAAAUUGGCUUCUAUUGCAAAUACAAUCUGCAGGAUUGAUGGAAUUUUGGACAAAAAGAGCAUUUUAUGAGUUGAUUGAAGCUGGAAAAAUUCAGAAGUUAAAUGUUACAAGUGAUUCGAAACUACGAGCUAUGAAAGUUGACGAUUUGAAAUGGAUUUGGAUAUUAUGGGGGAUGGCAUUGAUGAUUGCUGCUUUGUGUUUUAUUGGAGAAAUUUGUAUUUUUAGGUGGAAAAUGUAG